AAUGUUUGAUAAAGCCGAUAUAAUUGAAAGUUUCAGACAGUACAAAUUACUGUAUCCGGGAGGCUCACAAGUUUCUACCGAUACUGGCGGAAUAUUUUACAGUAGUGCCCAAUCUAGUUUAGCAACACAGAGCGCCACAAUUUUCUCAAAUCAUGUAGUAGAAAGUUUUGAAAAAAGAAUGAAGUCAUACUUUAUAUUUUGUCUGGCCAACGUAAGUGACCCACUGUGUUAAUUAUUCAAUCAUAUACUUACAUUAUUAUUGUAUCUAGUUUAAGUUCACAAAACCGGAAAAAGUUGCUCUAGCGGAAUACUUGUUUAAUAAAUGUACAAUGCUCAAAACACCUGUUUGGCCAACAAAUAUGGUGUCCUCUCCUGCACUCACGGAAUACUUACUAGCAUUAAUAAUGAUGUUCAAGGUUAGCAGCGUCCAUACACCUUUGACGGUCUCUAAAAUUUCUGAAAAUCCCGGUAUUGUCAUUACAAGCUUGUUUAAAAUCUUAAGAGCUACGGAAAUGUCCAAUGUGGCUCAAACUGUUGCUGCGGAGGAGCCUCAAGAUUCUGUAUCUUUACCUUGGGUUUACAAUAUGUUGAGCAUAACCUGUGAAAAUGAAGUUGAAGAUAUCAACAAAAGAAGACGGUCAGCUUUGGCAAGGAAGAUUCGAAACGCUAUUAAUUCAACAACACCUGUUGCUUUAAGUAAACCAUCAUUCCUGUCCGAAGUGAACUUUAACAAAGUACAAGAAAACGUUGGAGCAACACGUCUGCAGUUAGCACAGUCAAGAAUAUACCUCUCCGAUCCUGAGACCAGAGACCCAGAUGUUAUUGUACCCGAAAGAAAAGAUUGUUUUAUACCAAAAAAUUUCUCUAUUCACCAUUCCCGUAAAACGUUUUCCAUGAUGCCUCACUACGGACUGAAACGCCAAUACGUAACAAUUGAUAUUGCUACUUUAAAAAUUCUUGUUAAUAGAUCUGACAAUAUCAAACGUAUUGCAAUUUAUGAUCAAUCGCUGGAUGCAUAUGCCCGAGAUUCGACUUACUUCAUGAGUCUAUUUGAUUUGAAAAAACUAGGACAAUCUGGAAGAAGAAAAGUCAUGAUGCGUAAUAUUCUUUGUACGGACGGGCGCUCGGCUGACUUUUUGUUUACCAGACCUGCAGUUCCCAAGGACAAUGAAGAUAUAAAGCUUGAAAUGAACGAUUUUGAAACAUGGGAGAUGCAAGACGUAGUCAGAUUGUGGGGUGCCGAUCCGGGUGUCACUGACAUCUAUGUUGCGAGCGAUGGAAAUGGAAAUGAUGCGCAUGAAAUAAGGUCCAUAUCGACAGCGGAGUACUACGUUAAAGCUGGCUAUAAAAAAAAUCAGGUAACAAUGAAUUCGCUCAAGCAAGAAGAAGGGAUUACUACAAUUGAAACGAAUAUUCCAACCCAUCGAACUUCAAAGCUAUCAAUCUUUGAGCAACAUUUACAAUAUUACUUCACCCAUCUAGACACGCUAUUACAAUUCUAUGAUGGUCGAUUUACGGAUCUUCGUUUCUCUAAUUACCGUGGUCAGCAAAGAAUGGAUAAUGAACUUGUAAACAUAUUUUGUUCAGGCGGUAAAAAAUACAAUCCGGACAAUAAAACCCAUCCGCGCAGAAAUAAGGCAGAUUACAAGCAAAGGCGCGAAAAGAAAAAGAAAAAGAAGAAUAAGAAAAAAUUGACUUUGCAGGUGGGAAAAACUGUAUCUGUAACAACGAGCGGACCUUCAACCGAGACUCAAAAUCAGAAAUGGAAGAAAGCUCCCUUCAAGAACGAGAAGAAAGUGCCUUUGAUCGCCUUAGGAAAUGCAGUAUUUAACGUGACAAUGAAAGGAAAGCAAUCUGGUAUGCUUCAUAGGUUAAGGAAAAAGAUGGAAGAAGCAAGUGCAGAUGAAAGGCUAAUUCUGGUGUAUACCGAUGAGUAUCUUACUUCACAGGUAAAAUAAUGAACGAUUCGGAUUGUUGUACUAGAUAUUAAUACUUUAAUUUAGAUGUGUUCCAAUCCUUCCUGCUUGCUGAAAACACUGGAGAAUGUUCGAAUCCCUGAUAUUGGAAAGAUCCAUAAUUUGUUGACUUGUAACAGUUGUAACAAAUUAUGGAAUAGAGAUAUUAACGCGGCUCGAAAUAUUUACUCUAUUGCAAGUUUUAUGCAAAAAAAUAACAACUUACGUCCAAAUAGAUUCCAAAGACCUGCAGCAGACCCCAAAUCAUCCAUAUCGUAAACAUAUGUUGAUAGUUCGACAUGUCCCCGUGUCGAAUAAAAAUACAGCUGAAAAGAAAAAAAUACCUGAGCGGCGAUUCAAAUAUUUUAUAUAACUACCACAGUUAGUUCAAA